AUGGCUCUCACGAUUAUUCUCCAAUGUCUCGGUACGCUUGCUGCGUUUGGCGCCGGAACAGCUCGACCACUGAUGACCAUCAUUUUUGGUGAGCUUGUUAACGCAUAUAACGACACUUCAGACAAAGAAGUUUUGAAUCAUCUCAAGAAUGUGGUCGAUAAGAAGGUCUUUAUUCUCUUGAUUCUCUUUCUUGGGCAGUGGGUCCUUGUGUUCACGUACGGAUCCCUAUUUUCUAUCGCCGCACUACGAUACACCGUGAACCUUCGGGCUUCCUAUCUCAAGGCGUUUAUCUCUCAGGAUAUUGAAGAAGCCAAAGAAUCUAAGGCGGCUACCGAUCUCUCGUCGAAUAUAGGAGUGAUAGAGGAUGCCAUUUCCGAAAAGCUUGGAACCGUGCUUCAGGCCCUCGCGACUGUGGUCUCAUCGUUUAUUAUCGCUUUCCUUCGGAGCUGGAAAUUAGCCUUAGUUCUGUCCACGAGUAUCUUCUUUUUGAUCUUCAAAGAUCUGAUAACAUCCCUUCUCGAUGCGCGGAUUGAGAAAAAGUGUCAAAACGUCGCCUUGCAAGCUGCAGAGCUCGCCGAAGAGUGUUUUACGGGCAUCCGCACAAUCGCCUCCUGCUGCGCGGAAGAAAAGGUGAACGCCCAGUAUGAACGAAUUUUAGAUCAAGUUAAGAAGGAAGAGCUGCGCAAAAGUUCCAUUCCCGCCAUACAGUACUCCGUUAGCGCCUUCGUUAUUCAUGCCGUGUACAGCCUUUCAUUCUGGUAUGGUACAAAGCUUCUCAGUCGUGAAGAAAUCGAUAGUGGUGGGUCGAUCCUCAUCGUCUUGCUAUGCAUGAAUAGUGCGACAAAUGCUUUGAGAUCGUUGAUCCCCACAUACAGCAUUUUAGCUAAAGGCAAAGCUGCACACGCAUCGCUUAUGCGGGUUAUUAACGCGGUACCUAGACUAAACCCGUUUUCUACUGAGGGCCUCGUCCUCGAUGCGCUAUAUUCGCGUAUCAAAUUUCAAGAUGUAGAGUUUUCGUAUCCAAGUCGCCCAUCUGUGAAGAUUUUAAACAGGUUGAACUUGACGUUGGGAGCUGGAAAGACCACUGCAAUUAUUGGAGCUAGUGGGUCAGGCAAAAGUACUCUUGUGUCUCUUCUGGAGAGAUGGUACGAUGCGCAGUCGGGAUGUAUUCAGAUAAACGGUGUCGACAUCCGUUCCUAUAACCUCAAGUCGUUAAGAAGCAAUAUUCGUGUCGUUCAACAGGACUCAGUCCUGUUUAACGACUCUGUUUUCAACAACGUUGCCUAUGGUCUCAUCGGCAGUGAACUCUACGACAUGUCUGAUAAUGAUAAACGACGGCUCGUUGUCAAAGUUUGCAAGGAUGUUCAGGCCCAUGACUUUAUCCAACAACUUCCUCAGGGCUACAAUACAAUUGUCGGCAUCCGCGGUAGUCUGCUAAGCGGAGGGCAAAGACAGAGGAUUGCUAUUGCUCGUGCCCUAAUAUCUAAUCCCGUCAUACUCAUAUUCGAUGAAGCUACCUCUUCACUUGACGCAGAAUCCGAAUGUCUCGUACAAGCAGCCAUCGACCGGGUCUCCCGAGGGCGGACAACCCUGACGAUAGCCCAUAAGCUUGCAACCAUCAAGCGAGCAGAUCGUAUCGUACUUCUAAAGAACGGCGUAGUCAGUGAGGAACGGACACAUGAGAGUUUACUGCGUACUAGCGAUGCAUACCUUAAAAUUUGGAUAGCACAAAAUCUGACACUGGAGGGACGCUGGUCACAAGAUCUCCGCAAAUCAGACGAUAGUGAUGUGUCUGCAUCUCGGGGAUUUGACUCCGAUCCCGAAAACGAUCUUAAACGGAACAAGGUGACGGAUGGAAGCGAGAUUGUAGGAGUGGACAUGACCGAGGAGUACUCAAUGUCGUUCAUGGAGACGUCGAAGCGCGUAAUAAAAGCUAGUCCGCUUUUGCAGUUUAUUUUUUACUCAAGUUUCAUAGUUUGCUUUGUUGCCGGUUUGGUCUAUCCCGCAGACUCGAUUGUUUUUGGAGAAACCCUUACUUCGUGGCAAAAGCAUGGUAGCCAAAUGGUGCAAGCGAUCAACUUCUGGUCUCUAAUGUUCUUUAUACUUGGAAUAGUUGGAUUCUUUGCAUUUUUCUCGGUUGGAUCGCUCUCGUCGAUCGGAGGCACUAUCACCGCUCGGAUUUAUCGUGGAAAAUAUUUCGGAGCAUUGGUCGAGCAACCCGCCUCCUUUUUCGAUAAAGAUAUCCACACUCCUGGAUUUCUCGUGGCACGCCUUUCCACCGAUCCAAGUUACCUCCAAGGAUUUGUUACUGUCCUAAGUUCUCUGGCCGUUAGUGUGAUAAACCUGGGUUCGUUCCUCAUACUAGCACCGAUAUUUUCCUGGAGAUUUGCUCUCGUCGCAAUGUUUGGAACGCUUCCAGUCAUCAUAAUAGCAAGCUUUCUAAGAGUUCGAUCCCAGAUAAGGAAAAACAAAAGCUUGAGCGAACCUUUGAUGGAUAGUGCACAAUAUGCUGCUGAGGUGAUUGCAAAUAUCAGGACUGUUUCGUCCUUUGCAAUGGAAGGAGAAGUUUGUAGGACGAUGGAGAGAAAGAUGGAAAGCUCGCUGCCGGCCUUUUACAGGAGUCUCCUAGUGACAAUGCCGCUUUUCGCUCUCUCGCAAAGUGGGAAUCUGCUAGGCAUGACACUCUCUUUCUGGUGGUCAGGCCAUCUGUUAGCUGAUCAUAAGAUCACCGCAAUGCAGAUAUGGAUCGUUUUCAAUGCUGUUGUUACUGGAGCAGAUGCAGCGGGAGAGUUCUUUGGCAGCACAGCAAGUAUCGUUCAUGCACGAAGUGCAUGCGGCAGGAUCUCUCGAUUAGAUUCUAAGCGAUCUCAAAUACUAGAAUCGAGCAAAAAUGACAAGGAAAAGCUAGGCUGUGGCUCCAUCGACUUCGAUUCUGUGUGUUUUUCAUAUCCCAACACUGUCAGUCAGCCUGUGUUGCAAGAUGUCAGCUUUCGGGUGCCCCAAGGUCAGACGGUUGCCAUCGUAGGUCCGUCUGGAUCCGGCAAGUCCACAAUCAUUUCGCUCUUAGAACGCUUCUACAACCCAAGCCACGGAAACAUACAAGUUGGAGGUGCUCCUUUAUCAUCGUUAAGCGCCUUGACUUACCGAUCCAACGUCUCGCUCGUGUCACAGGAAACGCACCUUUUUGAAGGAACAGUCCGUGAAAAUAUCCUUCUCGGGGUCCCAGAGGAAGAAGGGAGUCAGGACUUGCUCGUUCAAGCAGCACGCGAAGCGAACAUUCACGAUUUCAUCAUGUCCCUACCUGAAGGGUACGAUACUCCAUGUGGUAAGAAGGGAAUGGCAUUCAGUGGCGGGCAGCGCCAACGUCUAGCCAUAGCUCGCGCAUUAGUAAGAAACCCAACUAUUCUUCUGUUAGACGAAGCUACCAGUGCGCUUGACUCCAGUUCUGAGCUGGAAGUAAAAACAGCCCUGAAGAACGCUUCGGUGGGAAGGACAACAGUCGCUGUUGCACACCGACUCUCCACAAUUCAGGAUGCGGACUCCAUUUUUGUUCUUGUUAAUGGAUCGAUUGUCGAGAAGGGCUCCCAUGCUGAGCUGAUAAGUUUGAAAGGAGCUUAUUGGACCAUGUGUCAGCGGCAGAACCUAGAUUAG